CAGGCUGGACGUGGCUCUGGGCAGCCUGGUCUAGUGGCUGGCGACCCUGAACUCAGCAGGGGGGUUGAAACUCGAUGAUCUUUGAGGUCCUUUUCAACCCAGGCCAUUCUAUGAUUCUUAAUAACAGGAGAGCUCCCCAAACCACAGUGCGGCUGUGGUAAAGCACUUCAAAACAAAGAAAGUGAGGAUUCAUACUGGUGAGCUUCAGCUUUUCAGCUCCCUUUGCUUGUGCUGGCUCAUUUCUGCGCAUUCAAGGGAGAUGGAGCCUGGAGAUGCUGCAGGGUGGGAUGGAGGCGUGCUGCCUUCCUUCAGUGCCAGGAAGCGUUGUCCUGUGUCACCGCCCGGAGCUGGGGGUUGCAGACGUUCAGCCUCAAGUCUGCAGGACCUGGCUAUUCCUGGGCAGCAGAUCCCCCCCACUGUUCUCACUGAGUAUUGCAGCCACUCUUACCAUCAGCAUCACAGAAAUUCCACCUCGGCUCCGAGGUUGUCUGCUAUUUCCAUAAAUAAAAGUGAGUGGCCUUGUAACCUUGUGUGCAUCUGGUUUUUGUUUUCCCAUCUUCUUCCUUCCCCGAGCAGGACGGAGGAACAUCGCCAGCUGUGAGCGCAGCCUCCGCAGGUGCCAAUAUUCAUGGAAAAAUUGUUGCACAUCCUGGCACGAGGCUGCAGCCUGAGGAAAAGUAAAGUGAAGCAACAGCUGCUGCCCUGCAAAGAUGAAAGCUCCUAACGUGCUGAGGGCCUGGAUGUGACGUUUACCUUUUGAAGGCUCUCCUCCCGUUGCCAGAAAGAUCCCCUUCUCUCGGCGCCAAGGCGGUUGUUCUGUGCCAGGUGUAAAACUCCUUGUGUUGUGUAGCUGCAGUGUGUGCUGCCUGGUCCACAGGGAGAGAUUUAGAAUCGCAGUAUGGAUGCUUAAAAGCGAGGCUUUUCCGGGCUUAUUAGGGAAACUUUCCUCCCGUAUAGUUGUUACCUGUAACAAUCUGUUCCUAGAAACUGGUUCACAUCUUACCAAAGGGCGCGUUGGUUUUUGUUCCAUUCUGGGGCAGAGGAUGAUUUCAGUGGCCCUGGAGGAAUCUGUGGAGGGAUGAAUAGGAGCAAUGUGAGAGGAGACGAAGCUCUGAGGCUCUCCUCAAUGCAGUCUGCUGUUAACAGGUCACAGGUGCCACACGUUAAGAAGCGCACUAUUGAGUUUCCCCAUUCGGUUCCUGAAGGAGCAUUAACAGAGGAUUGUAAAUCAUUUUCUAGUAAGGCUUGUCUGUAAACUUUUUGGGCAGCUUACCCUGAGGUACAUCUGCUUUACUAGGCAGACUGGAGGCAGAUCUUGCCAAGCAGCCCGAGCUGCCAAGUUCCUGGCAUGUCUGGCAAUCUUGCUUUGAGUAGACCUAGGCAGAAUGAAGGCAGCUCAGAGAGAAGCGUGUGUUUCUUUCAGAACACAUCAAAGUCUCUGUGUGAAUCACUCACUUCCCAGCUGAAAUCUGGGGAGAGGGCCUGCUUGCCUUCAGUCCUUCAGCUUAAAGAGGCUGUAGUUCUAACUUUAGCACAGCAUACCCAACCUUUACUCAUAUUUCUACCAUGAACCCAACCAAUUUGACCCUGUGACUUAAAUGGCCAGGGGAUCAGAAGACCUCCUGAAGAAGAUAACCUCUGCACCGUAAAGGUUAUUUUUGGUUUCAGAUGUGAAGCCUAAGGCCUUGAUAUGUCAAGAAAGGUUAGGGGCAGGUCUAGUCCCUGUGGGAGAGCAAACAAGCAGGAGUUAGCUCUCAUUGACCUUAAAUGGAACAGCUGAACAAUAGCGUGGUUUGUGGACUCACAAGCUGAAGAGUUAGUGACAAGAAAAAUAAUUCAGAAAGUGAAGACAAGCAAGAGGAGGUGAGAUAUUACAGAUCAAGACCUCCAGCAUCCCAGUUUUGCCCUACUGGUUGCACCUCUGCUUGUUGGGGAGGGAAACCAACUGCUAUUCCUGAGGAAUAUCCAGUAAGUGGGCCUAAAACUCCCUGAGUUCUGGAGGAUUUUCUAAUUGUAACCCAGCGUGCCUUGAAGUUACGCACAUCAACUAGUAAUCUUGCAGAAAGUUUCUGGAUGCUCUGGAAAUCAUCUCAGCUGAAGAUGCAGGGCAGAAGCUCAGCCCUUCUGCUGUCACUGACACAAGAUUCCCAUGCAUCCAUGACCACAGUCUGUGACUUGCACCUUCUUUCAUACUCUGCCUCUUAGGUAAGCGAUCCUUUCACUCACAGCAGCCUGAUUCUGGGAUGAGACCUUCCCUGAGCUGUUCCUGCAAAGUACAGCACAGAAGCCCUUACACACGUGUACUUCCAAACAACGUUGUCUUGGCCAGGGGUGCUGGUUAUUCUGCUCCCUUCUCUGUUAGGACCAAAGUCACUUUUUAAAGCAUCAGCAGGACUGUGCUAGCAUACAGCCUGAAUGCUUUCUUACUCAUCCUGAUCUUAAUGCCAUUCAUCAUCAGCUCUAUCAAGAAGUGAAGUACAAACAAACAGGAAAAGAAAAACUGUUGCAAAUCAAAACCAUUUUUAUCCUUCUGAUGCAUAUAGGCUUACCACUUCCUCCUGGCAAGCUGACUCAGAAGCUCAGAGCUGCCCUGCCAACAUGCAGUACAAAUUCUGGGCAUCUUCUUCAGACAGGAGCUGUUUUCCAGGAGAAAAAAGGAGGAGGAGAUCCCAAAAGACUUGCCUGUAUGCUAGAAAGAAUCUGCUUAAAACUAGUCAUUACGAGGGACUUCACAAACCAAUACCUGCUCUUCCAAAUCCAAGUCACUCUGGGUAGUUUAGGGAAGUUUCUCGUCACAGCUUUGUGCUAAGUGCUGAUCUCUGCUAGAAUAAACAAGACAAGCCUUGGCUAUGGCUCGCCACAUACAAAGACAGCUGACACGGAGGCUUGCCAGCUGACUGCAGAUCACCUCACUGCAACAUUAAGUUUUAUAAAGGCAGAUCCUAACAAACUCAGGAACAGAAAUCAUACCUAGCAGCCCCUUGCGCUUCCUUUUUUAACUUUUUUUUCCCUUCCUGUUUCAUUCAUCUGGGAAGAUGUGAGGACAUCAGUACAACUCCUGCAGGUACAAUCUGCUAUGGAUUCCUGGGCAGUAGUUAGAGCGCAUCGUGUGUGCCUAUCCCCACAGCUCCUGUUACCAUUGGCCACGUUUCUUAAGGAUUUCCUCUGAAUCAUUGCUUCAGCGCAGAAGACAUCGGUUUUAGUCUCUCUUCAAAGGCUGACUUCCACAUUCACACUUUAUAAAGGUGUGAGGGUCCUGGGAUGCGACAGCCUGGCCAGACAUGGGCAAAGCUUGACUGAAUGUGAAAUGAAAGCCUAAUUUAAAAAAAAAAACUUGAAUUUGAGCCCUGGUUUCACCUGUUUCAGUGCAAGAGCUUGUGGCAGCACUUUAAAUAGUCCUACAGUUCACCUCCCUUCUCCUUUUAGAGUGGGAGAGUCUAAUUACAGGGAAGGGAAAGCAGUAAAAUAAGUAUUAGGCUGCCGUGCAGCCAGUCAGCUACUUGUGCUCCGUUACAGCAGGGUGUUAGCUGGGGGUCUGCAAACUUGCUGCAAAGAUGUCGCAAGUGAAAAUUCCAGGUAGGUCUGACAGCAAGCAGCAAGACGGGGAACCACGGGGCAGGUUGGUUGGAUGAUGAGCUCUGAGAUUUUGUUGCUGUGAGGUCUUUGAGGGACGCAGCUUGGGGUCUGUGAGCGUUUUUCUUCCUGCUUGGAGGCAUUUUUGGACAGCGCAGCAAAAUAAUGGUUGUAUUGUUUAAAUCUUGCUCUGCUCAUGGUGAGGGGGAAAAGAAAUGUUAUCCCUCCUGCAGUAACGUGAUAUAAAAUCACUGUGAAAGGGAUCAAGGGGAUUUCAGGAGUCUCUGGUCAACCUGAGUGUGCUUAGAAGAUGCGGGGUGCUGCAGUGGGUGGGAAACACAAGCUGGGCAGUGUGGUAGGGUUACAGCCAGGCUUGCAGGGAAAUGCAGAAGGGUGCAACUGCUGUUACCAAGCCCUGGAGAGCCUAAGCACCGAGUAGGUCUGAUAAGAGCAUGUUUAGAACUGCAGUGCUCUGUUGUGCCACAGAUGCGUCCCAGUAAGUGAAGCUGGUCUUAUAGCCUGGACCUGUGACAUCAGUCUGAGUUUGACUUUCAUGUGUGUAUUUUUUUAUCCACUAAAGAAAUGGAAGGUCAAACUAGGCAUUUCUGGGAUACUUGGUUUGCAAAUCAAUACAUGGCGUUCAAAUGCCAGGACUGGAAGCAUUCAAACUGCAAAUGCAGGCUGGAUUUUGGAAAGCCAGCAGCUGGUGACUGCAAAGCCAGAGAGCCCCAGUGUGAAUUUUCUGGGUCAGAGAGUAAGGGAAUAAGCAGCAUCCUCAGAGCGCUGGUGCUGCCCGGAAAGCCCAGAAGUGAAGAUCUGUGGAGCUGCGACGUCUCAGCUAUCUGAUUCUGGUAGCGAAUAAGUGGAGAUGUGACAACAGGUGGCGGGGGUUUGGAAGAGAAACUUAAUAUAAUUGAAAUUGCCAUCCAUCCUGAUCUUCAUAGAGGAUGGUGAGUCAUGGACAGACAAACAAACAAUAGUGAAGGAGCCUCAGUACUCUACGUCACUGAUUUAUUUUUAUUUUUUUAUUUUUUAUUUUUUGUUCAGGCUGGAGAAUGCUAUUUUGCCAUCUUAACUUGUUUCCAUGCUUUCCUAGCCCUGAACACAGGUGGAGGGGAAGACCUUUCAGGACAGCUGGGUCCUGUUAGAUAGCCAGGUAUCUUAUAGAUGCUUUUAGUGUUGAUUGGGAUGGUGUAGGUUCCAGAAAGUGCUCUUCCCCUGGGAUAGGUGUAGGUAAAUCUAGAGCUUCCUGCAAGACAAACCUGAGCUCUGUGAGAACCUCAGCUUGGAUGGGAUCUAUAACGGGCUUCGUUUAUGCACGUACUGCUGAAGCUGUAUCACAGAAUACGAAUACUGAACUUACAUCUUUAUAAUGUCAGAAGGGACAAGUACUUCCUUUUGGGAGUGUGAUGCUUUGCCUAGGCUUGGACUUUACCAGUCGCUUUUCAAUCACGGGCAUGACGAUUAGGCAAAAAGGGUUAGAUUUUUGAAGGGCUGAUCCACAUCUGUUUUUAUUUUGUUUCUGUUUCAUCUCAAACAGCAAAAGAUAAACGUGAGUAUGGCUGUAUUUUCCUACGUGCUCUCCUGUGUUACUCUCUAGGCAUGAUCACUGGAAACAGGCAGCAGUGACAUGACCAUGGCAACGUUUCAGCAGUUCAAGCAGAUGCUAUUUCUCAGCAGUGCCAGUUGUGCCCCUCACUGCUUUGCAGAAUAGUUUCAGUCUUUUUGGUCCUCAGACACACAAAGCUACUUGGGUUAAACGCUGUCCGAGCGCCCUCAAGCUCCUGUUUAGAGGAAUACUUUCCUCUGUGGAGAAGGAAAAACAUUCUGCAAUUUCCCUUGUGCCUAUUCACACUUUGCUUUUUUUUUUUUUUUUGUCUCUAAACAGAGACCCAACCUAAAACAACUCUUUCCAAACGCAUCCUGCUCCCAGUGGAUUUGAUCCACGAGGGAACAGAUUCAAUGCUUCACAUCCUUUGCUCACACUGAAACCCACAGCAUGGUAUUCCUGCCUUCGCCUUCCUGCUUCGUAUUUGCUGAGACCUUACAUGCCAGCAGUGACCCUUUAUUAUUGAGACACCUGGUGUCCCCAGAUCCCUAACACUGGGCAGUAAUGGAUAGUGCAAGGAAUUGUGUGUAGAGGCCUGGUGAUGAUACUGCAACUUCACAACAAUGGGCAACUCAUGCCACUGAAAUGCUGUUCUUGUGACUUUGAACUGCUGAGAAAUGGACCUGGUGCUAGAAUCUUCCCAUGUGUUUACAGCUCAGCACAGGUUCCUUUAUUUAUCAUAUAACAGCAGGGAAAGGAAGCCCCUGUGUGAUGCUUCCCAGGCAACCCGCUGCCAGGACCUUGGAACUGUAAACUCAGGGAUUUGCUGUUGGUUUUCAUUUUUUUUUCUCAUAAGAUCCUGUGAGAACAGAAGUUGUCGAGCUUCAGUGCUGAAAAUCUCUUCUAGGUCUAGCACACUUCUGUCAUGCAUGUCAGUCCUUCCUGCCUUGGUCCUCAUCUGCUGACCACAAUGUCCUCUAAGACGUGUCAGUGGUGUGGUCCCAGGUAGCCAGCUUUUAGCAUCAAUAUUCACCGUGCUUCAUGCUGAGCUGCCAACUGCCAGUGAAACCUGCUCAGUUAGCUCAUAUGCUGCUACGCAAACAUACAUUUUGAGACGUUCCCAGAAGAGCUCUUGUUUUAUGGUGUUUUGCUGGCAGCAUAAAUGCUUUUAACAACUCUCUUCCUCCUGUUUCCUAGAAUUCCAGCCAACCUUGUGCCCAUGGGGAUUUCUGGAGAGCCAUAUUGUUUGGUGCUUCUGCAGCGUGCUGGCUGUGAUGGGCUGAGAGGAAUCUAGGCCACAGGAUGGUUUCCUAGCUAGGAGCUAUUCAGCUGCUCUGUGAUGGCAGGAACUGUUCUGGCUGCUGGCUUUGUCCAUCUCCAUGUCCACCUCUGUCUUCAUCCUGCCUGGAUGCCUUGUGGAGCAAGUGGGUCUUGGCCUUCCUCGAGCUGUAAGGGCUCUGCCAGUCUCCCUCUUUGUCUCCUAAGUGCCCUUCCCAAGAGCUUGCUUCCUUCUGAGCUGUUUUGUGCUACUUGUACUGAAAAUUGUAUUUACCUUUUAAGUUAUGCUGGGGAUGCUUAUAUAUCCCUCCAGCCCACAGUGUGUGGGACGAGCCCUGUUAGGAGCACGCUCAGAGUCUUCCAGGCAGGGUGGAGGCAUUUUAAGGACAUGAGAGCUGAGCUCUAAGCUGGCUGCAGGAAGCACCUUUCUGUUAGGAUGGAUGGGAAUGAACCUGCCUGACCCUGCAGCCUGCUCUUUCUCCUUGCAGAGAUAGAUGAGGCAACGCGCUCCUUCGCAGAGAAGGUCUUUGCCUCUGAGGUAAAAGAUGAGGCAACCAGGCAAGAGAUCUCUCCCUUCGAUGUGGAAGAGAUCUGCCCCAUUUCACGCCACGAAAUGAGAACACACAUGAUGCUUCAGGAGAGUUCCUCCGCAACAGAAAAGCGGUGAGCAACAACCGGGGUGGUGGGGGAAGAGGGGAGGAGCAGCGUCAGCUCGUGCCCAGCCAGAGGUGGAAGAAAAGCAAAAGGGAUUCCUAAAUCAAGGCCUGUGAAAAACAGCUCGGUACACCCAAACCUGGUUACGUCCUUGGUAAUCCUACAGCAUCUGUCAGGUGCUUCCAGGUUUCCUUUCCAAGUGUUUCUUCCACUGUUGGACAGAAAAACCCUUUUGGCAUGUUACUCCAGCACUCUCACUGCAAUGGCCGCAGGUUUCUUGGAGAGGGAGAUUUCAAGACCUCUCCAGAAAGGGGAGACCUCCAGGGACAGUGCCUGGAAGUCUGGGGCUACUUCUGUGUGCUGUGCCCUCUACUCUUGGCAGUGUCUGUCUAAGGCACUCAGAAAGCAACAGAAAGAUUACUGAUGUUGCACACAGCUGGAAGGUGGCUGGUAAAUGCCCUUGCCCUGUAUGCAGCCAAGGAGUUGGGGCUGCUUGCCUGAGGCUUUUCCUCCCGGCAGGAGGAAGCGCAUGCUCAGCCUGAAGACAAUUGCACUGGCAGUCCCUUUGGCUCAGAAGACUACGACCGGAUUGUCCACUAUCGAUGAGGUCAUCUCUACCUCCCCCCUGUACCAAACGGUGCCUGACUUCCAGAGGGUACAGAUCACAGGGGAUUAUGCCUCUGGGGUGACAGUUGAAGAUUUUGAAGUUGUCUGCAAAGGCCUGUACCGUGCCUUGUCCAUCCGGGAGAAAUACAUGCAGAAGUCAUUGCAGAGGUUUCCCAGGACCCCAUCACAGUACCUGCGUGCUAUUGAAGGCGAGGUCUGGAGGGCAAGUGACACGGGCCCAGUGUUCACCCCGCCAGUGAAGGACGGACAGGAUCCCUUUGAAACUGCGAAUCUCCCUGAGGACCUGGGAUACCACGUCCAGAUGAAGGAUGGGAUAGUUUACAUCUAUGGUGACAAGGCAGCAGCUGGAAGAAAUGAGCCUAAGGACCUGCCUUACCCCUGCCUCGAGCAUUUUGUUGAUGACAUGAACUUCCUCUUGGCCCUGAUUGCACAGGGGCCUGUUAAGACCUAUACUCAUCGACGCCUAAAGUUCCUCUCGUACAAGUUCCAAGUGCACGAAAUGCUAAAUGAGAUGGAGGAGAUGAAAGAGCUGAAGAACAACCCCCAUCGGGAUUUCUACAACUGCCGUAAGGUGGAUACACACAUCCAUGCUGCAGCCUGCAUGAACCAGAAGCACCUUCUGCGUUUCAUCAAGAAGUCAUACCGUGUGGAUGCUGACCGAGUAGUUUACGAUGCCAAGGGUGAAAAGCUCACUCUGAAACAACUUUUUCAGAAGCUCAAUCUGCACCCAUAUGACUUGACAGUGGAUUCCCUGGAUGUCCAUGCUGGGCGGCAGACGUUUCAGCGCUUUGACAAAUUCAAUGCUAAGUACAACCCCGUGGGUGCCAGUGAACUGCGUGACCUCUACCUGAAGACAGAAAACACUAUCAAUGGUGAAUACUUUGCCACCAUCAUCAAGGAGGUUGGCUCUGAUCUGGAGGAUGCCAAGUACCAGCAUGCGGAGCCUCGCCUCUCAAUCUAUGGGCGAUCAGCUGAGGAGUGGGCCAAGCUAGCCAACUGGUUCAACAGACAUCGGGUCUACUCCCCCAAUAUGAAAUGGAUGAUCCAAGUACCCAGGAUUUAUGAUGUGUUCAGAUCUCGGAAUUUCCUCCCACACUUUGGGAAGAUGUUAGAAAAUAUCUUUGUUCCUGUGUUUGAGGCAACUGUCAAUCCUCAAGCCCACAAAGAGCUGAGUGUGUUUCUACGUCACAUCACUGGCUUUGACAGCGUGGAUGAUGAAUCCAAGCACAGCGGACACAUGUUCUCCACUAAAAGUCCAAAGCCAGAGCAGUGGACUUCUGCGAAGAAUCCAUCCUAUACCUACUACGUAUACUAUAUGUAUGCCAACAUCCUGGUGCUUAACAACCUGCGCAGGCAGCGUGGUAUGAACACGUUCCUCUUCCGUCCGCACUGUGGGGAAGCUGGGGCCAUCACACACCUGCUUGCAGCCUUCAUGACAGCAGAUAACAUCUCCCAUGGUCUCAACCUCAAGAAGAGUCCGGUGCUGCAGUAUCUGUACUUCCUUGCCCAAAUUCCCAUCGCUAUGUCCCCCCUCAGCAACAACAGCCUCUUCCUAGAGUACGCGAAGAAUCCACUGCUUGACUUCCACCAGAAAGGCCUUAUGGUGUCCCUUUCCACCGAUGACCCCAUGCAGUUUCAUUACACCAAGGAGCCCCUGAUGGAGGAGUAUGCCAUCGCUGCCCAGGUCUUCAAACUCAGCACCUGUGACAUGUGUGAGAUUGCCAGGAACAGCGUGCUGCAGUGCGGGCUGUCCCACGAGGAGAAAGCCAAGUUCCUGGGUGAACACUACCAGGAGGAGGGGCCCCAAGGAAACGACGUCCGUAAGACCAACGUGGCUCAGAUCCGCAUGGCCUAUCGCUACGAGACGUGGUGUUACGAACUCAACCUCAUCGCGGAGGGCCUGAAAGCCGAGUAGGAGCACGGGCGGACUCCCGGGCCCGGCUCGAGCCGGGCUGGGCGCGGCCCUGCCCGCCGUUGUGCUCGGCUCCUGCGGACAGCAGCGGGACUCAACCGUGCCCGGGGGCGCGGGCUCGGGGUGCCGAGCGGCGGCCGUGGGCAGUAAAACCGCAUCUCUGA